AUGGGGAAAAAGAAUAAUAAGAAAGGAGGAGCAGACAUUUGGGAUGAUGAGGAUUUGUUGAAUGAUCAGCCACAAGCUGAAGAGCUAGGAACUACCGAAGCUGCGACUGAAGGGACCCCAGAACAAGGAGAGCCUCAAGAGGCAUCUGCUGAUGAUAUUGCAGGAGAUUUCUUAGGAUCUAUUCGUAAAUUAAAAUCCAAGAAGGCACAAAAGGAAGAAGCAAAGGCCAAGGAGGAAUCCAACGGAGGUGGAGCCAAGAUCUUGUCCAAGAAGGAAAAGGAGAAAUUGAAGAAAGAAGCUGAAAAGCAGAAAAAGAAGGAAUUGGCUCAGAAAAAGAAGGAGCAACAAGCAAGUAAGAAAGAACAGAUCAAGGAAGCUAACAAGCAGAAUGCGGCAACCUCCUCAGCUUCGGCUACACCUGAACCAGAGGAAGGAGACAAAGACGUGACUGAAGAGCAAAAGCCUAAACCGGUCAAGAAGGGAAAGAAGGCUCCAGCUGGUCUUGCUGCGUUAAAGAAGCAAUUGGAGUUGAAGAAACAAAUGGAAGAGGAGCAACGUAAGUUAGAAGAGGAGGAAGAACAACGCAGAUUGGAAGAAGAAAAAUUGGCAGCCGAAGAAGAAGCCAAAAAGGAAGAAGCCAGAGCAGCCAAGAAGGAACGUGAUAGAUUGAAAAAGGAGCAACUAAAAGCCGAGGGAAAGUUGUUGACAAAGAAACAAAAGGAAGAAAAGAAGUUGCAGGAGCGUCGUCGUGCUCAAUUGCUACAAGCCGGAAACGUCAUUGUCCCAGGAUUACAAAAGGAUGGUGCUGGUGCAGAAGCACCAAAACCAAAGAGGGUUGUUUACAGUAAGAAGAAGUCAAGUAAGCCAAAAACUUUCACUCAGAAAACACAAGAGCAGGAGAAACAAAAGAAACAAGAGGGUGGCGAAGACGAAGAAGAGGCUUUAGUUGACGACUGGGAAAAAAUGGCAUUGGAUAGUGAUGAAGAAGCAAACGACGAGCCAGAGAAGGAAAUAGGAACAAAGGAAGAAGAAGAAGAAGAAGAAGAAGACUCUGAAGAAAAAGCUGGAGAUAAUGAUUCAGAAGCUCAAAGGCAGGCUCAAGAAGAAGCAGAGAGGAGGAAGAGGGCAGCAGAGGAGGAAGCUGCUGCUAAAGCUGAACUUGAAAGGCAAGCACAGGAAGAAAAAGCCAAGCAACAAACAAUAUCUCAAAAGAAAUCUAGCUCCCCUCAAGAAAAAGAGUUGCGUUCACCCAUCUGUUGUAUUCUUGGUCACGUUGAUACUGGUAAAACUAAAUUAUUGGACAAGAUUCGUCAAACCAAUGUUCAAGGCGGUGAAGCCGGUGGUAUCACCCAACAAAUUGGUGCUACAUAUUUCCCAGUUGAAGCAAUUAAACAAAAGACAGCAGUCAUGGCUCAGUAUGAAAAACAAAUGUUUGAGGUACCUGGUUUGUUGAUUAUUGACACUCCGGGUCACGAGUCUUUUACCAACUUGAGAUCUCGUGGUUCAUCCUUGUGUAACAUUGCCAUAUUGGUUAUUGAUAUCAUGCAUGGUUUGGAGCAACAAACACUUGAGUCCAUAAGACUUCUUAGGGAUAGAAAAGCUCCCUUUGUUGUUGCAUUGAACAAGAUUGAUAGGUUGUAUGAUUGGAAAGAGAUACCAAACAAUUCAUUUAGAGACUCUUUUGCAAAGCAGUCCAAAUCUGUCCAACAAGAAUUCCACAACAGAUAUGAACAGAUCAAAUUGGCUCUUGCGGAACAAGGGUUGAACUCGGAGUUGUACUUCCAAAACAAAAACAUGUCCAAGUAUGUAUCAAUAGUGCCAACUUCAGCUGUAACCGGUGAGGGUGUUCCAGAUUUGUUAUGGUUGUUGUUGGAAUUGACCCAAAAGAGAAUGUCCAAGCAAUUGAUGUACUUGUCAAAGAUUGAAGCUACAAUCUUGGAAGUCAAGGUUGUUGAAGGUUUCGGAUACACCAUUGAUGUGGUUUUGUCAAAUGGUAUUUUGAGGGAAGGUGACCGUGUUGUGUUGUGCGGUUUGAAUGGACCUAUAGCAACAAAUAUCAGGGCUCUUUUAACGCCACCACCAUCUAGGGAAUUGCGUAUCAAGUCCGAAUAUGUCCAUCACAAGGAAGUCAAAGCUGCUUUGGGUGUCAAGAUUGCUGCUAAUGACUUGGAAAAGGCUGUUGCUGGUUCGAGGUUGCUUGUUGUUGGUGAAGACGAUGACGAAGAAGAGUUGAUGGAUGAAGUAAUGGACGACUUGACAGGCUUGUUGGAUUCUGUUGACACUUCUGGAAGAGGUGUGGUUGUGCAAGCGUCUACAUUGGGUUCAUUAGAGGCAUUGUUGGAUUUCUUGAAGGAUAUGAAGAUUCCAGUGAUGUCCAUUGGAUUGGGUCCUGUUUACAAGAGAGAUGUGAUGAAGGCAGUUACUAUGUUGGACAAGGCUCCAGAGUUGGCCGUCAUGUUGUGUUUUGAUGUCAAGGUUGACAAGGAGGCUGAACACUAUGCUGAAGAGAACAACAUCAAGAUCUUCAACGCUGAUAUUAUUUAUCACUUGUUUGAUGCCUUCACUGCGUACCAGAGCAAAUUAUUGGAAGCACGUCGUAAGGAGUUUAUGGAGUAUGCUGUUUUGCCAUGUGUCUUGAAGACUAUACAGAUUAUCAACAAGAGGAAUCCUAUGAUUAUUGGUGUUGAUGUCGUUGAAGGUGCAGUGCGUAUUGGCACUCCAAUCUGCGCUGUGCGUCAGGACCCAGUUACUAAACAACCAAAUAUUAUGGUUUUGGGUAAGGUAACUUCAUUGGAAGUCAAUCACAAGCCAGCUGAUUCGGUGAAAAAGGGCCAAACUGCUGCCGGUGUGGCAAUGAGGUUGGACAAUCCAUCAUCUGCUCAACCUACAUGGGGACGUCAUGUUGACGAAAGCGAUAACUUGUAUUCUUUGAUUACUCGUAAAUCGAUUGACACGUUGAAAGACCCUGCAUUUAGAGACACGGUAUCAAGAGACGACUGGUUGUUGAUAAAGAAGUUGAAAUCGGUCUUCGAUAUCAAGUAG